AUGGAUGUUGUGAUUGAUUCUGACAAAAUCGAUAUGAAAAUGGCACAGUUGGUGUGCCGCAGGGAAGCGUUCUUGGUCCAACGUUAUACCUAUCAUCAGCGCCUUGGACGCGCCUUUCAUCAAAAGGACGAACACUUACUUUUGCCAGAGAAAACGUACGCGUCAAGUUUGGAGAAGAGAGCCCCGGGGGUAAAGUUCGAAAAACAGCGAAUCAUGUUUUUAUGCUGUUCAAACGCCACUGGAUCCCACAAGCUUAAGCUUUUGGUAAUUGGAAAGGCGAAGAAUCUUCGCUGCUUUAAAAACUUUCAGUGUCCCACCAACUAUAAGAGCUCGAAAUUCGCCUGGAUGGCGUCGGCUAUUUUCAAGCAAUGGUUUCAUGAGUCAUUUGUUCCACAGGUUACAUCGUUUUUAAAGGAGAAAGCCUUACCAAUUAAAGCUCUCCUCCUAAUCGAUAACGCUUCUUCUCACCCAAAUGAAGCUGAACUGACAACGGAGAAUGGGCAAAUUUCGGCAAUGUUUAUGCCACCAAACGUUACUCCGCUCAUUCAACCGAUGGAUCAAAAUGCAAUAAAAAUCACUAAGUUGUAUUACAGAAAUAGCAUUCUAGCUUCAAUAGCAAUUUACGCUUUGAGACAAUUUUAUAAAUAA